UAAGCCAACCACACACUCUCUCUCUCUCUCGUUCUCUCUCCCAAACACACUCUAUCAGCAAAGAAUACACAGAGAAAAAGAAGAAAGAAUCAGACAACACAAGAAAAAAGAUCUGAAAUGCCAAGGACACCGUUCUCGGACUCCGAUGAGCUCCGUACGCCGCUGGUGGCGACGGCAGCAAAGGAGGCGGAGACGGAAAAGCUCUGCAUCGACGAAAUGCUUCGAAAGUACUGCGGCGAGUUCGGAAAGUGGCAGUUGAGACACUUCAUCUUCACAAGUCUCGCGUGGGCGUUGGAGGCAUUCCACACCAUGGUCAUGAUCUUUGCCGAUCGUGAACCGGAGUGGCGAUGUACCGCUGCCACCUCCGCCACCUGCGGAAUGGCUAGGAGCACCUGCGAGAUCCGGCCGGACGACUGGGAAUGGGUUAGUGGACGCGGCGUCGCCACCGUAUCAGAAUGGGGACUUAUUUGCGGCGAUAAAUUUAAAGUUGGGCUCGUCCAAUCCUUAUUCUUUACUGGAUGUAUGAUUGGUGCUGGAAUAUUUGGUCACCUCUCAGACUCUUUUCUUGGAAGGAAAGGUUCAUUGAUGGUCGUUUGUGCUUUAAACGCCAUUUUUGGUUGCCUCACAGCAUUUUCGCCAAACUAUUGGAUCUACGUCAUUUUCCGCCUCCUCACUGGUUUCAGUACUGGCGGCGUUGGCCUAUGCGCAUUCGUCCUUGCCACCGAGCCAAUCGGCCCAGCAAAACGUGGCAUCGCCGGAAUGUCUACCUUCUACUUCUUCUCCAUCGGCAUUGCAAUCCUCUCUGCCGUUGCUUACGUCUUCCAAACAUGGCGCGCGCUUUACAUUGCGUCCUCCAUCCCUUCCAUUCUCUUCGUCUUCCUCGUCAUCCCUUUCCUCUCAGAGUCACCAAGAUGGUACCUCGUUCGUGGAAGAGUAACUGAAGCCAUGAAGAUCAUGUCUAUCAUUGCUUCUACCAAUGGGAAGCACCUCCCUAGUGGUGUUCUUCUUGCACUUGACGAAGAAGUCGAAGUAGAAGCAGAAGCAAAAACAGAAGCACUAACUUUGACUUAUAAGAACAACAACAAUAAGUCUUUGAAAAACAAAAAUGCAGUUGGUGGUUCUAUCGUUGACGUGCUUCGCUCCCCAGUCACUAGAAUAAGGUUGAUUCUAAUGGUGGCAAUCAACUUCUUUUGCUCUGUUGUUUACUAUGGUCUGAGUUUGAACGUGGUAAAUCUUGAUACCAACCUUUACAUGAACGUGGCGUUGAAUGCGGUGGCAGAGAUGCCGGCAUUUGGGAUAACGGCGAUUUUGUUGGACAAGUUUGGGAGGAAGCCAUUGGCAAUAGGGACAAUGUGGUUCAGCGGAUUAUUUUGUUUGUUAGGUAGUUUAAUGGGUAAUGUUGGAGUGUGGAAGUUAGUUAGAAUGGUGUGUGGUAUUUUGGGAAUAUUUGGGAUGGCCGGAACUUAUAAUUUGUUGUUUAUUUACGCGGCGGAGUUGUUUCCUACAGUGGUCAGGAACGCGGCACUUGGGUGCGCCACGCAAGCGGUGCAAAUGGGGGCGAUAUUGUCGCCGGUGGUGGUGGUUUUGGGUGGCUGGUUGCCGUUCGCAGUGUUUGCUGUAUGUGGAAUAGUGGGUGGCAUGUUUGCAUUUUAUUUGCCGGAAACUUUGAAUCAGCCUUUGUAUGAUACAUUCUCUGGGUUGGAAGCUGGGCUUGUUUGAUGUUUCUGAAAUUAUUAAUCUACUAACAUUAGUUAACAUCA